AACAUGAAAAAGACAGAAAGAAAUUUUCGAGUUAUUCUUUGUCUUCAUAGAAUUAGUGGAAUUCCUUGUCGCCAACCGUUGACUUUAAAGAUAGUCACUCAAAGAGCUUCUUAUCGCACCGAAGCUUUUAUUUGUACCUGCAAUACAAUCAACCAAAGAACAGAGUGCCAUGCAGAACCCAAUCAAACGAUAUGUUUCGAUAUGGAAGUUUUAUGGGAACCUGAAACGAGUAUUUUUGAGAAGCGUAUGACACAGAUACAACUCGUGCAGCUUAUUCCAUCGCUGAAUCAGUCUCAAGAGGAAAUGGAUGAAUGGAUUGUUUCAAGACUGGAUAUUAACUUGUCCAAUUAUUUAGCUAUUCCUAUGAAGACGAGUGAUGAAUACUUUCGAAUGGAUCCACAUGUCAUCAUGGCAAUAGAGUUGAAAUGUUAUUUGUUGGAUGGCAAUGAAAAGAAAUCCAAAAGAAAUGGAGAAAGCUCUAUGAGACGAGUAUUGAGUUUUGUAUCUCCUCUGCAUUUGGAAAAUGCCAAAGCCUCUGUAAGUUUGCAUUCAAUGAGUGCACAACCAGUAGAAAAAGUCUCCGAUCAUCUCAACAUCAUUUCUUCUAAAAAUGACAAAUAUGUGAAACUUCAGAGGUUUUGGUCUAAACUGAGUAACUAUUCAAACACCAAUGGGAGACCUGGGAUGACCAAUAAUAGCUCACAAGACUCCUGUGCAGAAGAAGUGCUCUCCAUGGAAGACUGUUCAUCAGAUGAUAUGUCCAUGACUAUGCCUUGUAAGGCAUGCCGUUUGUUGUGCAUACUUGGUGGUUAUACAGACAAAAGAGAAACUUCACUGGAAGAGAGACUUUUAUUUCAAAAAGUGAGAAGAUAUUGUCCUUCUUUGCAAAGAAUUAUUCAGCAAUAUAUCAAACAAUGUCCACAUUUAGAUAUUACGCGUCAUUCUAAAGUUUCUUGGGAAUCUACGCCAACCGAUGAAGGAAUGAUGAACCUUGAUCCUCAUUGGACACAAUGGUUAACUCCCAAUGCAAAACAACAACAGGAAGAGAAAUGGAACGUUCAUGAACUUGUACAGCAACUGGUAGAAACCAAAGUUGCAUUGGCAGAAGCUUUGGAACAAUUGGAUUAUAUUCGUCACGCUUAUCCAUAAGAAUUUCAUGAAACAGUUAUGACUGAAUAAAGCGUCUUUAUUUUUA